AUGAACAUUACAAUUCGAGAGACACAAAUCGAUGUCGCGCAACACAUGAUGCAAAUCACUAGUAGAACAAAUAAUUCAUUACCCAAAAGUAUUGUGAUGCAGAUGAAUAUGGGCGAAGGAAAAACAUCAGUCAUUUUACCAAUGUUAGCACUCAGCUUGUCAGAGCCGAAUUCUACGUUAAUUCGUAUAGUCGUGCUUAAAUCAUUAUUUCCAACAAACUAUCAAUCACUACGGUACAAAUUAGGUGGCUUAUUAAACAGACGUGUGUUUCCCUUUGCCUGUCGUCGUGAUAUGAACUUUACCAAUGAACAAAUAAACGGAAUUUUUCGACGUUUUCAACAAGCAUUGAAUAAUUGUGAUGUGAUAUUAACUUCACCAGAAGAUAUCUUGUCGUUUGAUUUACUCACUCUAGACAAAAGUCGACGCGAGGAAUUUGAUGUUAGUCGUUCGAUGUUAACUAUGCAAAGAUGGCUAAAAAAGCAUACGCGAGAUAUUUUGGAUGAGUCGGAUGAGAUUCUGCACGUUAAAUAUCAAUUAAUUUACACUGUAGGCAGUCAACAACAAGUGGAUGCAGGCGCAGAACGAUGGGCAACGAUUCAAUCUAUACUGCAGCUAGUUAAAAUGCAUGCAGAGCAGAUUUCAAUGGAUUUUCAAGAAGAUGUUUGUUAUAAGCCAGCAGAACGAAAAAGUGCCUUUCCACAAUUUCGCUUACAGUCACAUAAACCAUUCUCAACUUUAUGUAAAAAGAUCGCUGACGAUUGGCUUAGUACGCGACCUCACCGACAGAAACAACGAGACGACAUCUCCGAGUUGGUUUUAAAUCCUGAUCUUUGUAUUGACGAAUAUGUUGAUGAGUAUUCACCUCUUGAUAUUCAGUUAUUCCUCGUUGUUCGCGGUCUCCUCUCAUCUGAAGUCUUAUUAGUUGCUUUGAAAAAGCGUUACCGAGUUAAUUAUGGAAUUAACCCCAAUCCUGCUUUCAAACGUCUAUUAGCUGUCCCAUAUCGUGCAAAAGACGUGGCAACUGAUAGAACUGAAUUCGGCCAUCCAGAUGUUGCCUUGGUUUUGACACAUCUGACCUACUAUUAUUCUGGCUUGAGUGAUUCACAAUUAACUCAAUGUUUUGAUCGUUUAAAUGACCAUGAGAAUGAUCCUGCAUCAAUUUAUGAUCAAUGGAUUCUGUACGAGAAUGCAACUGCUAUACCAACUAGUAUUCAACAAUGGCGAGGAGUUAAUCUGAAAGAUUAUCAACAGCGAACUCAACUUCGCUUUCCAGCUUUACGAUACAACAUUACACGACCUCACCGACAGAAACAACGAGACGAUAUCUCCGAGUUGGUUUUGAAUCCUGAUCUUUGUAUUGACGAAUAUGUUGAUGAGUAUUCACCCCUUGAUAUUCAGUUAUUCCUCGUUGUUCGCGGUCUCCUCUCAUCGGAAGUCUUAUUAGUUGCUUUGAAAAAGCGUUACCGAGUUAAUUAUGGAAUUAACCCCAAUCCUGCUUUCAAACGUCUAUUAGCUGUCCCAUAUCGUGCAAAAGACGUGGCAGCUGAUAGAACUGAAUUCGGUCAUCCAGAUGUUGCCUUGGUUUUGACACAUCUGACCUACUAUUAUUCUGGCUUGAGUGAUUCGCAAUUAACUCAAUGUUUUGAUCGUUUAAAUGAUCAUGAAAAUGAUCCUGCAUCAAUUUAUGAUCAAUGGCUUCUGUACGAGAAUGCAACUGAUAUACCGACUAGUAUUUAG